AUGGACGUGGACGUGGACGUGGACGUGGACGUGGACGUGGACCUGGAAAUGGACGUGGACGUGGACGUGGACGUGGAGGUGGACGUGGACAUGGACAAGGACGUAGAAAUGGACGUGGACGUGGACGUGCACAUGGACGUGGACGUGGACGUGGACAUGGACGUGGACGUGGACAUGGACGUGGACGUAGAAAUGGACGUGAACGUGGACGUGGACAUGGACGUGGACGUAGACGUGGACGUGGACGUGGACGUGGACGUGGACGUGGACGUGGACGUGGACGUGGAGGUGGACGUGGAGGUGGACGUGGACAUGGAGGUGGACGUGGACGUGGAGGUGGACGUGGAGGUGGACGUGGAGGUGGACGUGGACGUGGACAUGGACGUGGACGUGGACGUAGACGUGGACGUGGACGUGGACGUGGACGUGGACGUGGACGUGGACAUGGACGUGGACGUCGACGUGGACAUGGACGUGGACGUGGACGUGGACGUGGACGUGGAGGUGGAGGUGGAGGUGGACGUGGACAUGGACGUCGACAUGGACGUGGACGUGUGGACGUGGACACGUGGAGGUGGAGGUGGAGGUGGACGUGGACAUGGACGUCGACAUGGACGUGGACGUGUGGACGUGGACGUGGACGUGGACGUGGACGUGGACGUGGACGUGGACGUGGACGUGGACGUGGACAUGGACGUGGACGUGGACGUGGAGGUGGACGUGGAGGUGGAGGUGGACAUGGAGGUGGACGUGGACGUGGAGGUGGACGUGGAGGUGGACGUGGAGGUGGACGUGGACGUGGACGUGGACGUGGACGUGGACGUGGAGGUGGACGUGGAGGUGGACGUGGAGGUGGACGUGGAGGUGGACGUAGACGUGGACGUGGACGUGGACGUGGACGUGGAGGUGGACAUGGAGGUGGACGUGGACAUGGAGGUGGACGUGGACGUGGACGUGGACAUGGACAUGGACGUGGACGUAGACGUGGACGUGGACGUGGACGUGGACGUGGACGUGGACAUGGACGUGGACGUGGACGUGGACAUGGACGUGGACAUGGACGUGGACAAGGACGUGGACGUGGACAUGGACGUGGACGUGGACAUGGACGUGGACGUGGACGUGGACGUGGACGUGGACGUGGACAUGGACGUGGACUUGGACGUGGACGUAGACAUGGACAUGGACGUGGACGUGGACGUAGACGUGGACGUGGACGUGGACAUGGACGUGGACGUGGACGUGGACGUGGACAUGGACGUGGACGUGGACGUGGACAUGGACGUGGACGUGGACAUGGACGUGGACGUGGACAUGGACGUGGACGUGGACAUGGACGUAGACGUGGACGUGGACGUGGACGUGGACGUGGACGUGGACGUAGACGUGGACGUGGACGUGGACCUGGACAUGGACGUGGACGUAGACGUGGACGUGGACAUGGACGUGGACGUGGACCUGGACGUGGACGUGGACGUGGACGUGGACGUGGACGUGGACGUGGACGUGGACAUGGACGUGGACGUGGACGUGGAGGUGGACGUGGAGGUGGACGUGGACAUGGAGGUGGAGGUGGACGUGGAGGUGGACGUGGAGGUGGACGUGGAGGUGGACGUGGACGUGGACGUGGACGUGGACGUGGAGGUGGACGUGGAGGUGGACGUGGAGGUGGACGUGGAGGUGGACGUAGACGUGGACGUGGACGUGGAGGUGGACGUGGAGGUGGACGUGGAGGUGGACGUGGACAUGGAGGUGGACGUGGACGUGGACGUGGACAUGGACGUGGACGUGGACGUAGACGUGGACGUGGACGUGGACCUGGACGUGGACGUGGACAUGGACGUGGACGUCGACGUGGACAUGGACGUGGACGUGGACGUGGACGUGGACGUGGAGGUGGAGGUGGAGGUGGACGUGGACAUGGACGUCGACAUGGACGUGGACGUGUGGACGUGGACACGUGGAGGUGGAGGUGGAGGUGGACGUGGACAUGGACGUCGACAUGGACGUGGACGUGUGGACGUGGACGUGGACGUGGACGUGGACGUGACGUGGACGUGGACGUGUGGACGUGGACAUGGACGUGGACAUGGACGUGGCCUUGGACGUGGACGUGGACGUGGACGUGGACAUGGACGUAGACAUGGACGUGGACGUGGACGUGGACAUGGACGUGGACGUGGACGUAGACGUGGAGGUGGAGGUGGAGGUGGACGUGGACAUGGACGUCGACAUGGACGUGGACGUGUGGACGUGGACGUGGACGUGGACGUGGACGUCGACGUCGACGUGGACGUGGACGUGGACGUGGACGUGGACAUGGACGUGGACGUGGACGUGGAGGUGGACGUGGAGGUGGACGUGGACAUGGAGGUGGACGUGGACAUGGAGGUGGACGUGGAGGUGGACGUGGAGGUGGACGUGGACGUGGACGUGGACGUGGACGUGGAGGUGGACGUGGAGGUGGACGUGGAGGUGGACGUGGAGGUGGACGUAGACGUGGACGUGGACGUGGAGGUGGACGUGGAGGUGGACGUGGAGGUGGACGUGGACAUGGAGGUGGACGUGGACGUGGACGUGGACAUGGACGUGGACGUGGACGUAGACGUGGACGUGGACGUGGACGUGGACGUGGACAUGGACGUGGACGUCGACGCGGACAUGGACGUGGACGUGGACGUGGACGUGGAGGUGGAGGUGGAGGUGGACGUGGACAUGGACGUCGACAUGGACGUGGACGUACGUGGAGGUGGAGGUGGAGGUGGACGUGGACAUGGACGUCGACAUGGACGUGGACGUGUGGACGUGGACGUGGACGUGGACGUGGACGUGGACGUGGACGUGGACGUGGACAUGGACGUCGACGUGGACGUGGAGGUGGACGUGGAGGUGGACGUGGACAUGGAGGUGGACGUGGACGUGGAGGUGGACGUGGAGGUGGACGUGGAGGUGGACGUGGACGUGGACGUGGACGUGGAGGUGGACGUGGAGGUGGACGUGGAGGUGGACGUGGAGGUGGACGUAGACGUGGACGUGGACGUGGAGGUGGACGUGGAGGUGGACGUGGAGGUGGACGUGGACAUGGAGGUGGACGUGGACGUGGACGUGGACAUGGACGUGGACGUGGACGUAGACGUGGACGUGGACGUGGACGUGGACGUGGACGUGGACAUGGACGUGGACGUCGACGUGGACAUGGACGUGGACGUGGACGUGGACGUGGACAUGGACGUGGACGUGGACGUGGACGUGGACAUAGAAAUGGACGUGGACGUGGACGUGGACAUGGACGUGGACGUGGACGUGGACGUAGAAAUGGACGUGGACGUGGACGUGGACGUGGACGUGGACGUGGACGUGGACAUGGACGUGGACAUGGACGUGGACGUGGACGUGGACAUGGACGUGGACGUGGACGUGGACAUGGACGUGGACGUGGACGUGGACAUGGACGUGGACAUGGACGUGGACAUGGACAUGGACGUGGACAUGGACGUAGUUAUGGACGUGGACGUGGACGUGGACAUGGACGUAGACAUGGACGUGGACAUGGACGUGGACGUGGACAUGGACAUAGUUAUGGACGUGGACGUGGACGUGGACGUGGACAUGGACGUGGACAUGGACGUGGACAUGGACGUGGACGUGGACGUGGACGUGGACAUGGACGUGGACAUGGACGUGGACAUGGACGUGGACAUGGACGUGGACAUGGACAUGGACGUGGACGUAGACGUAGUUAUGGACGUGGACGUGGACGUGGACGUGGACAUAGACGUGGACAUGGACGUGGACAUGGACGUGGACAUGGACAUGGACGUGGACAUGGACGUGGACGUGGACGUAGAAAUGGACGUGGACGUGGACGUAGAAAUGGACGUGGACUUGGACGUGGAAGUGGAUAUGGACGUGGACGUGGACAUGGACGUGGACGUGGACGUGGACAUGGACGUGGACGUGGACGUAGAAAUGGACGUGAACGUGGACGUGGACAUGGACGUGGACGUGGACGUGGACGUGGACGUGGACGUGAACAUGGACGUGGACGUGGACGUGAACAUGGACGUGGACGUGGACGUGGACGUGGACGUGGAGGUGGACGUGGACGUGGACGUGGACGUGGACGUGGAGGUGGACGUGGACGUGGACGUGGACGUGGACGUGGAGGUGGACGUGGACGUAGACGUGGACGUGGACAUGGACGUGGACGUGGACGUGGACAUGGACGUGGACGUGGACGUGGACAUGGACGUGGACGUGGACGUGGACAUGGACGUGGACGUGGACGUGGACGUAGACGUGGACGUGGACGUGGACGUGGACGUGGACGUGGACAUGGACGUGGACGUGGACGUGGACGAAGACGUGGACGUGGACGUGGACGUGGACGUGGACGUGGACAUGGACGUGGACGUGGACGUGGACGUGGACGUGGACAUGGACGUGGACGUGGACGUGGACGUGGACGUGGACGUGGACGUGGACGUGGACGUGGACAUGGACGUGGACGUGGACAUGGACGUGGACGUGGACGUGGACAUGGACGUGGACGUGGACAUGGACGUGGACGUGGACAUGGACGUGGACGUGGACGUGGACGUGGACGUGGACGUGGACAUGGACGUGGACAUGGACGUGGACGUGGACGUGGACGUGGACGUGGACGUGGACGUGGACAUGGACGUGGACGUGGACAUGGACAUGGACGUGGACGUGGACGUGGACGUGGACGUGGACGUGGACGUGGACGUGGACGUGGACGUGGACGUGGACGUAGACGUGGACGUGGACGUGGACGUGGACGUGGACGUGGACGUGGACAUGGACGUGGACGUGGACAUGGACGUGGACGUGGACGGACAUGGACGUGGAUAUGGACACGUGGACGUGGAAAUGGACGUGGACGUGGACGUGGACGUCGACGUGUACGUGGUCGUGGACAUGGACGUGGACGUGGACGUGGACAUGGACGUGGACAUGGACAUGGACGUGGACAUGGACGUGGACGUAGACAUGGACGUGGACGUGGACGUGGACAUGGACGUGGACAUGGACGUGGACGUAGACGUGGACGUAGAAAUGGACGUGGACGUGGACGUGGACAUGGACGUGGACGCAGACAUGGACGUGAACGUGGACGCAGACGUGGACGUGGACGUAGACAUGGACGUGGACGUGGACGUGGACGUGGACAUGGAUGUGGACGUGGACGUGGACGUGGACGUGGACGUGGACAUGGACGUGGACAUGGACAUGGAGGAGGACGUGGACGUGGACGUGGACGUGGACGUGGACGUGGACGUGGACGUGGACGUGGACAUGGACGUGGACGUGGACGUGGACGUGGACGUGGACAUGGACGUGGACGUGGACGUGGACGUGGACGUGGACGUGGACGUGGACAUGGACGUGGACAUGGACGUGGACAUGGACGUGGACAUGGACGUGGACGUGGACGUGGACGUGGACAUGGACGUGGACGUGGACAUGGACGUGGACGUGGACGUGGACGUGGACGUGGACAUGGACUUGGACAUGGACGUGGACUUGGACGUGGACGUGGACUUGGACGUGGACGUGGACAUGGACGUAGACGUGGACGUGGACGUAGACAUGGACGUGGACGUGGACGUGGACGUGGACAUGGACGUGGACGUGGACGUGGACAUGGACGUGGACAUGGACGUGGACAUGGACGUGGACGUGGACAUGGACGUGGACGUGGACAUGGACAUGGACGUGGACAUGGACGUGGACGUGGACGUGGACGUGGACAUGGACGUGGACGUGGACGUGGACGUGGACGUGGACAUGGACGUGGACGUGGACAUGGACGUAGACAUGGACGUGGACGUGGACAUGGACGUGGACAUGGACGUGGACAUGGACGAGGACGUGGAUGUGGACGUGGACAUGGACGUGGACGUGGACGUGGACGUGGAGGUGGACGUGGAGGUGGACGUGGACGUGGACAUGGACGAGGACGUGGACGUGGACAUGGACGUGGACGUGGAUGUGGACGUGGACAUGGACGUGGACGUCGACGUCGACGUGGACGUGGACGUGGACGUGGACGUGGACGUGGACGUAGACGUGGACGUGGACGUGGACGUGGACGUGGACGUGGACAUGGACGUGGACGUGGUCAUGGACGUGGACAUGGACGUGGACAUGGUCAUGGACGUGGACGUGGACGUGGACGUGGACAUGGACGUGGACGUGGACGUGGACGUGGACGUGGACGUGGACGUGGACAUGGACGUUGACGUGGACGUGGACGGGGACGUGGACGUGGACAUGGACGUGGACAUGGACGUGGACGUGGACGUGGAGUGGACGUGGACGUGGACAUGGACGUGGACGUGGACAUGGACGUAG